AUGUCUUCGCACGGUGAGAAGCAAUUGGGUCCCCACAGCGAGAAACCGGUCGAUGAGGAAAUCGUCCGGCCCGCCACGGAAGUCACAGGAAAGCCAUGGAUGUACAAGCGUCCUAAGAUCGGAUCGUUCGCCCUUCCAUACUAUGCCUCCCCUGCUUCGCAGCUGCUCCUCGUCUCCUUCGUCUGCUUCCUCUGCCCUGGUAUGUUCAACGCCCUGAACGGUCUGGGUGGAGGUGGCCAGCAAAGCUCCCAUGCCAUCAACGUCGGAAACACUGCUCUCUACAGUACCUUUGCCGUCGUCGGUUUCGCUGCAGGUUCCAUUGCCAAUCGUAUUGGUCUCCGCUGGACCCUUCUCUUCGGUGGCUUUGGUUACUUCCUCUACGUCGGAUCUAUGUUGUCGUACAACCACAACAGAAACUUGGGCUUCCUCACUUUUGCCGGUGCGCUGUUGGGUGCUUGUGCUGGUUGCUUGUGGUGCGCCCAGGGUGCCGUUAUGAUGAGCUAUCCGGAUGAGAAGUCCAAGGGCAAAUACAUUUCCUGGUUCUGGAUCAUUUUCAACUUGGGUGGUGUCAUUGGAGGCUUGGUUCCUUUGUUCCAAACCCUGAACGUCAAAGAAGGCAGAGCCGUUGGUGACGCAACCUACAUCGCCUUCAUGGUUCUCAUGUUCAUCGGUUUCGUUCUCUGCUUCUUCCUGGUUGAGUCCAAAUACGUCCGUCGUGAGGACGGUUCGCAGGUCAUUGUCAUGAAGAACCCAUCCUGGUGGUCCGAAAUCAAGGGCCUUGGCGAGGUUCUGAUCUCUGACUGGUACAUCGUCGCCCUCUUCCCCAUGUUCAUCGCCAGUAACUGGUUCUACGCCUACCACUUCAACAACGUCAACGGCGCCAGGUUCAACAUCCGCACCCGCGCCCUGAACAGCUGCCUCUACUACCUCGCCCAGAUGUUUGGCGCGUUCAUCUUUGGAUACAUGUUGGAUACGCCCUCCCUUCGCCGCACCACUCGUGCUCGUCUUGGCUUGGGUGUCCUUUUCGUCUUCACCUUGGCCGUCUGGGGUGGUGGUUAUGCCUGGCAACGCCAGUAUACUCGCGCGGAUACGGCCCCUAAGGAUUCGCCCCGUAUCGAUUUCGAGGACUCCGACUACGUUGGUGGUAUGUUCCUGUAUAUCUUCUAUGGUGUUUACGACGCUGCGUAUCAAACCUGCGUGUACUGGUUCAUGGGUGCCUUGAGCAACAACAGCCGUAAGCUUGCCAACUUCGCUGGUUUCUACAAAGGUCUCCAAUCCGCCGGUGGAGCCGCUACCUGGCAGUAA